GUCGACGAUAGAUUCUGGUCGCAUUACAAGCCGCCCGGCCCGGCCCGCUGCUCGCCGGACUCGUAUAAGACGCGCGCGGGGCGGUCGGCCCACCGUCGCGAGUGCGUGCCCCUUGGAUUACCCUCAUCGUCGUCGUCACCGUCAUCAUGGCGCCCGAGCGGGGCGGCAUCUGCUGGAAGCGCGUCCUCAUCCUGUCCCUCCUGCUCCUGGACACCCUCCACCCUGUCCUUUGCAAGCCAGCACCAGCAUCACUGGGGGCAGCAUUCACCGCAAACGUAAAUCACGUCAGCAACACCAACAGCUCCAACAAUGCGAACGGCGUAGUCAGCGGAAAUAUCCAGUCGACGAUGACGACCGGGUCCGGCAGCGGCUCUCUAAGCAACCUCUACGCUCAGUUAAGCACUUUCAUCGCAAGCCUACUCAACUCGAUCGCGACGUACUUCAACGGCGUCAACGACGACGCGGGCGUAAACACGGUGACGUUCCACGUCAACGCCACCGGCCAGCAACCAAGCUCCGGGUCUACGGCCUCAUCAACGACAACAGAAUCUUCAACUACAACAACUAAAUCAUCAACAACUACUGCUUCUACGUCAUCGACAACUGACUCAUCAAUCGCUUCGGCUGUAGGCGCUACGUCAAGGACGCAAUCAAGCGGGACGACAACCGCCACAGCAACGUCACCCUCAGGCACGUCAACGUAUACAGCCAGUUCACCAACCAGCAGAACCGCAGGAAAUAGGUCGCCAUCAAGCCAAACGGCCGAGUCAUCACAGUCGGCCUCAAACACGAGAAGUGGCGUCGAUGCAGACGGUGACACAUUUGCCAGUGCAAAUGUAUCAGUGCCCGGAGCUAGCGCCAGCGCAAACACAGGCACGGCAAAUGGUUCAACAUCCAACAGCUCCGCCCACACAUCAGGUUCCGCAUCAAGCGCUGAGUCAACAAGCACUGAACCAGAUUCAACUUCUACAGAAACCCCAAACACCACAGCUUCCUCGACCACCGCCUCAACCACGACCGGUGGCAGUUCCUCAUCGACAAGUACGUCAGCUUCUUCGUCAACUGCGGCAUCCUCAAGCUCGUCGACCAGCACUUCAAGUAGCAGCGAUACAACUAGUACCUCCUCCGGUUACACAUCAACAACCGCUGCAAACGACUCUUCUUCGACGACCACGACGUCAACCACGACCGCAAAUCCAUCAUCGACGACAUCAACUUCCACCACAACUGAGUCGCCCACAACAACCACACCUUCCUCGACCACCGCCUCAACCACGACCGGUGGCAGUUCCUCAUCGACAAGUUCGUCAGCUUCUUCGUCAACUGCGGCAUCCUCAAGCUCGUCGACCAGCACUUCAAGUAGCAGCGAUACCACUAGUACCUCCUCCGGUUACACAUCAACAACCGCUGCAAACGACUCUUCUUCGACGACCACGACGUCAACCACGACCGCAAAUCCAUCAUCGACGACAUCAACUUCCACCACAACUGAGUCGCCCACAACAACCGAACCCUCCUCGACCACCGCCUCAACCACGACCGGGGGCAGUUCCUCAUCGACAAGUUCGUCAGCUUCUUCGUCAACUGCGGCAUCCUCAAGCUCGUCGACCAGCACUUCAAGUAGCAGCGAUACCACUAGUACCUCCUCCGGUUACACAUCAACAACCGCUGCAGACGACUCUUCUUCGACGACCACGACGUCAACCACGACCGCAAAUCCAUCAUCGACGACAUCAACUUCCACCACAACUGAGUCGCCCACAACAACCGAACCUUCCUCGACCACCGCCUCAACCACGACCGGUGGCAGUUCCUCAUCGACAAGUUCGUCAGCUUCUUCGUCAACUGCGGCAUCCUCAAGCUCGUCGACCAGCACUUCAAGUAGCAGCGAUACCACUAGUACCUCCUCCGGUUACACAUCAACAACCGCUGCAGACGACUCUUCUUCGACGACCACGACGUCAACCACGACCGCAAAUCCAUCAUCGACGACAUCAACUUCCACCACAACUGAGUCGCCCACAACAACCGAACCUUCCUCGACCACCGCCUCAACCACGCCUGGUGGCAGUUCCUCAUCGACAAGUUCGUCAGCUUCUUCGUCAACUGCGGCAUCCUCAAGCUCGUCGACCAGCACUUCAAGUAGCAGCGAUACCACUAGUACCUCCUCCGGUUACACAUCAACAACCGCUGCAGACGACUCUUCUUCGACGACCACGACGUCAACCACGACCGCAAAUCCAUCAUCGACGACAUCAACUUCCACCACAACUGAGUCGCCCACAACAACCGAACCUUCCUCGACCACCGCCUCAACCACGACCGGGGGCAGUGCCUCAUCGACAAGUUCGUCAGCUUCUUCGUCAACUGCGGCAUCCUCAAGCUCGUCGACCAGCACUUCAAGUAGCAGCGAUACCACUAGUACCUCCUCCGGUUACACAUCAACAACCGCUGCAGACGACUCUUCUUCGACGACCACGACGUCAACUACGACCGCAAAUCCAUCAUCGACGACAUCAACUUCCACCACAACUGAGUCGCCCACAACAACCGAACCUUCCUCGACCACCGCCUCAACCACGACCGGUGGCAGUUCCUCAUCGACAAGUUCGUCAGCUUCUUCGUCAACUGCGGCAUCCUCAAGCUCGUCGACCAGCACAUCAAGUAGCAGCGAUACCACUAGUACCUCCUCCGGUUACACAUCAACAACCGCUGCAAACGACUCUUCUUCGACGACCACGACGUCAACCACGACCGCAAAUCCAAUAUCGACGACAUCAACUUCCACCACAACUGAGUCGCCCACAACAACCACACCUUCCUCGACCACCGCCUCAACCACGACCGGUGGCAGUUCCUCAUCGACAAGUUCGUCAGCUUCUUCGUCAACUGCGGCAUCCUCAAGCUCGUCGACCAGCACUUCAAGUAGCAGCGAUACCACUAGUACCUCCUCCGGUUACACAUCAACAACCGCUGCAAACGACUCUUCUUCGACGACCACGACGUCAACCACGACCGCAAAUCCAUCAUCGACGACAUCAACUUCCACCACAACUGAGUCGCCCACAACAACCGAACCUUCCUCGACCACCGCCUCAACCACGACCGGGGGCAGUUCCUCAUCGACAAGUUCGUCAGCUUCUUCGUCAACUGCGGCAUCCUCAAGCACGUCGACCAGCACUUCAAGUAGCAGCGAUACCACUAGUACCUCCUCCGGUUACACAUCAACAACCGCUGCAGACGACUCUUCUUCGACGACCACGACGUCAACCACGACCGCAAAUCCAUCAUCGACGACAUCAACUUCCACCACAACUGAGUCGCCCACAACAACCACACCUUCCUCGACCACCGCCUCAACCACGACCGGGGGCAGUUCCUCAUCGACAAGUUCGUCAGCUUCUUCGUCAACUGCGGCAUCCUCAAGCUCGUCGACCAGCACUUCAAGUAGCAGCGAUACCACUAGUACCUCCUCCGGCUACACAUCAACAACCGCUGCAGACGACUCUUCUUCGACGACCACGACGUCAACCACGACCGCAAAUCCAUCAUCGACGACAUCAACUUCCACCACAACUGAGUCGCCCACAACAACCACACCUUUCUCGACCACCGCCUCAACCACGACCGGUGGCAGUUCCUCAUCGACAAGUUCGUCAGCUUCUUCGUCAACUGCGGCAUCCUCAAGCUCGUCGACCAGCACUUCAAGUAGCAGCGAUACCACUAGUACCUCCUCCGGUUACACAUCAACAACCGCUGCAAACGACUCUUCUUCGACGACCACGACGUCAACCACGACCGCAAAUCCAUCAUCGACGACAUCAACUUCCACCACAACUGAGUCGCCCACAACAACCGAACCUUCCUCGACCACCGCCUCAACCACGACCGGUGGCAGUUCCUCAUCGACAAGUUCGUCAGCUUCUUCGUCAACUGCGGCAUCCUCAAGCUCGUCGACCAGCACUUCAAGUAGCAGCGAUACCACUAGUACCUCCUCCGGUUACACAUCAACAACCGCUGCAGACGACUCUUCUUCGACGACCACGACGUCAACCACGACCGCAAAUCCAUCAUCGACGACAUCAACUUCCACCACAACUGAGUCGCCCACAACAACCGAACCUUCCUCGACCACCGCCUCAACCACGACCGGUGGCAGUUCCUCAUCGACAAGUACGUCAGCUUCUUCGUCAACCUCAACAUCUUCAUCUUCCUCUUCGACCACGUCUAAUUCUUCGGCAACCGCUUCAACCUCUGGCUCAUCAACUACAGGGCGCACCACGACUGCAGCUUCUACAACGACUGAAGACGAUACCCAUGACUCAGACUGUGAGGUCGUCUCCGUCACCGACCAUCCUCAUACUGGCGAUCUGACUAAUAUUGAUACCCUGAGGGCCAUUCUUUUCAAAGAAUUUUUGAAAAGCGUCAAAUGUUCUUGUAAGAGCAGGCGAAGAAGGACUACACCCUCCGCCUAGUUAUAAAUCUCAUUUUGUUAUUUUGUUUUAGUUUUUGUUGUUAGGUUUCCUGUUUUAAAUUUUGUUUGUUUAUGUUUUGAAUAUUUGAAACCGGUUUAUCUCCUUGAUGAUGUUGGUUGCGAUGUUGAUCAAAUUGAAAUAAACACUAGUGAAAUAACUUUU